ACUAGCCCUUCGCUUCCUCCUCCCCCAAGUUCCCCCCGCGCCGGCGAAGCCGAAGCGAGACGGAGUUGGAGGAUGCCGCGGACCAGCGUGGUGGAGAGCCCCGGCUGCCCGCCGCUUCGAGCCCUCACCACCGACAUCCUUGGCCUCGUCAAAGUCGUCGAGGCCCGCACGAAUCCGGCGGGCGCCGCCAAGGUCGUCGAGACAUGGGGCGAGCCUGACGCCUCCCGCGCCAUCGUCGCUGCCUCCCUCGCCGACCGCGCGGCCGACCCCGUAUUGGCUGUUGCGAGGAAGAACGGCGUGGUUGAGUUGCUGAAUCCCCUGAAUGGGGAUGCUCUGGCUGCUGUCAAGAACGUGGGACCAGCUCCAGAUGAUGGUGGCGCCGAAGGUGACCCCCUUGUCGCGCUGCACCUUUUCACAAGACAGGCUUCAGACUCAAUGCUAGGCACAUUUAUUGCCUGCACAGACAAGGGAAAAGCUUCUAUGAGGUCCAUCAUGAAAGAAAAUGCAGCUUCAGGCUCGGAUGCUGGUCCAUCAACCAUGUGGGAUGUGUGCAGUAGUGGUAAUGUGCAAUUUUGCUCAGUGGAUCGUGGUGAAAGCUAUGCAAUGUUUGGAGGGAAAGGUAUAGAAGUGAACUUGUGGGAUAUUGCAUCUUGUAGUAAGACGUGGUCUGCUAAAUCUCCCCGAGCUAAUAGUCUUGGUAUAUUCACUCGAUCUUGGUUCACUGCUGGAACCUUCUUGUGCAAGGAUGAUCAUCGUAAAAUAGUAGCAUGCACAAAUAAUCAUCAGGUCCGGUUAUAUGAUACUGCAUUGCAAAGACGACCUGCAAUCUCUGUUGAUUUUAGGGAGGCACCAAUCAAGGCAGUUGCUGCUGAUCCUAAUGGACAUGAUGUCUAUAUCGGUACAGGAACAGGGGACCUGGCUUCCUUUGACAUGAGAACAGGAAAAUUGCUGGGAUGCUAUAUUGGCAAAUGCAGCGGAAGUAUUAGAUCAAUUGUUAGGCAUCCGGAGCUACCUUUGAUAGCAUCUUGUGGAUUGGAUAGCUACUUACGUAUCUGGGACACAAACACAAGACAACUGCUUUCUGCAGUCUUUCUGAAGCAGCAUCUUACAACUGUGGUUAUUGAUUCACAUUUUUCUGUGGAAGAGCCUGUAGAGACAAACUCCAAGCAACCAGAGUUUUUGGUGGAGGCUGAGGCUGAAAUCCGAAAAGAAAAGAAGAAGAGUAAAACAAUUGAAGAGGAUGAGGCUGAGGCUGCAGUCCAGAAAGAAAAGAAGAAAAAGAAGAGUAAAACAGUUGAAGAGGAUGAGGCUGAAGUCUGGAAAGAAAAGAAGAAAAAGAAGAGUAAAACAAUUGAACAGGAUGAGGAGCUAGUCGGAGUGGUUGAUGAUAACAAUAGUGAAGGUGAAAUGUAUGCCAGCAAAGAGAAGAAGAAGAAGAAGAAGAAGAAGAGUAGAACAACUGAAGAGGACAAGGAGCGAGACAGCGAUGGUGAACUGUGCACUACCAAGAGAAGAAAAUCUGGAGAGAGAAGCAAAUGCAUGAAGAAAAGCAAGAAACAGCAUAUCGCCUAGGACUAGUAUCUUUGGUCUCAUACCUGCCUCACUUAAUUUUGUAGAAUCAUGCAUUUUUUUGAGUUGUAGAUUACUGAUCCCACUUGAAACUCUGCACGAGGGGAUUUCAUCUUCCACUCUUAUACUUCUUAAUUAUUAAUAUGAAAAGGGCGGAAUUGUUGCAUAUA